AAUUGGAGGACUGAUGCAGAUCGCAGCAGCUGCAGGGAUGAACCGCUGGACCAGGGGAAGCGCUGGGAAUGCCAGUAAAUCGGACAGAAGUGGGCCUCACAGAGGGAGGCACGUGAUGCUGCUGUGGAUUAUCCUAUCCAGCUCGUUGUGCCUGAUGGUCGAAGGCCAGAUGAAGAUCUCACCAGAAACGGUGCAGCAGUGGGCUGUAUCCUUUGGCAAAGAGAUAGCUGCCCUGUCCGCCAGAUACUCUGGAGCUAAACUGCUGCAGAAGAAAUACAAGGAUAUCGAGGGUGUGGUGAAGAUGGUGGAGGUAGACGGAGAGGAGCUAGUGAAAAAGUUUGCUGAGGAGAUGGAGGAGAUGCUUGGGAGGAAGAUGAAAUCUGUGAAGAGGCUGGCAGAAGCAGCAGAGGAUGCUGACUUUUACCAUGAGUACAACGAAACGAUGCAGUUUGAAUACUAUAACUCAAUGCUGAUCAACACGGUGGAUGAGGAUGGGAAUCCACUGCCGCUGGGAGGUGAAUUCUUGCUGGAAGAAAAUGAACACUUCAAUAAAAUUCCAGUCAACACACAACAGAGUAACAUACAAGUCCCUACAAAUGUCUACAACAGAGAUCCAGAUAUUCUGAAUGGAGCGUACAUGUCCGAAGCUCUGAAUGAAGUUUUUGUUGAUAACUUCCAGAAAGAUCCAACUCUCACCUGGCAGUAUUUUGGCAGCUCCACUGGCUUCUUCAGGCUGUACCCAGGGAUCCAAUGGAUUCCAGAUGAAAAUGGUGUGGUCACAUUUGAUUGCAGAAACAGAAACUGGUAUAUUCAGGCAGCCACUUCUCCCAAAGAUGUGGUAAUAGUGGUGGAUGUCAGUGGCAGUAUGAAGGGCCUCAGAAUGACCAUAGCCAAACACACCAUCAACACAAUCCUGGACACACUGGGAGAAAAUGAUUUUGUUAACAUCAUAGCUUACAGCGACUAUGUUCGGUACGUGGAGCCCUGUUUCAAGGGCAUGCUAGUACAAGCUGAUCUGGAUAACAGAGAGCAUUUCAAGCUUUUGGUUGAAGAGCUUCAUGUCAAAGGAGAGGGCAAAGUGAAACAUGCAAUGAAAGAAUCCUUCAAGAUCCUCAACGAGGCUGCAGCGCAGGGCCAGGGCAGCCUGUGUAACCAGGCCAUCAUGCUGAUAACAGACGGAGCCAUGGAGGACUUCCAGGAUGUUUUUGAAGAGUUCAACUGGCCAGAAAGACGGGUUCGUGUGUUCACCUAUCUUAUUGGACGGGAGAUGACAUUUGCUGAAAAUGUUAAAUGGAUUGCCUGCAACAAUAAGGGUUAUUACACACAUGUCUCCACACUGGCUGACGUCCAGGAAAACGUUAUGGAGUACCUCCAUGUUCUCAGCCGGCCAAUGGUCAUCAACCACGAUCAUGACAUCAUUUGGACUGAGGCCUAUAUGGACACUGUGCUGUUCAACAGUCAGUCCCAAAGCCUGCUCCUGAUGACCUCGGUAGCCAUGCCUGUAUUCAGCAAGAAGAAAGAGACUUUGUCUCAUGGGAUUCUGCUGGGAGUGGUAGGAACUGAUGUGGCCUUGAAAGAACUGAUGAGAUUAGCACCGAGAUACAAGCUGGGUGUCCACGGUUAUGCAUUCCUCAUCACUAACAACGGCUAUAUCCUAUCUCAUCCUGACCUACGACCUCUGUAUAAGGAGGGGAAGAAGCUAAAGCCAAAACCCAACUAUAACAGUGUUGAUCUGUCAGAGGUGGAAUGGGAAGACACUGAGGAGAAACUGAGGACAGCCAUGAUUAAGGGAGAAACUGGAACAAUGUCUUUAGAUGUGAGAACUUCAGUGGAUAAAGGGAGGAGAGUGAUGUUCCUGAAGAAUGAUUACUACUACACCAUCAUCAAUGAGACACCCUUUAGUCUGGGUAUAGUGUUGACUAGGGGAUAUGGAGGGUAUAUCUUCAUCGGAAACGUCUCUAUUGAGGAGGGUCUCCAUGACUUAUUGGCUCCAGACCUAACCAUAGCCAACGAAUGGACCUACUGCGAGACAGACAUUGACCCGACCCAUCGUAAGCUGAGCCAGCUGCAGGCUGUGGUGCUGUACCUCACUGGUAAAGAACCAGAUCUGGAAUGUGAUAUGCUGUUGUUGCAGCAAACUCUAUUUGAUGCUGUGGUCACGGCUCCUAUGGAAGCCUACUGGACAGCCCUCAUGCUCAACACAUCUGGUAUGGAUGAGGGGGUUGAAACAGCGUUCUUGGGAACCCGUUCAGGCCUGUUGAGAUUCCAGAGAUACACUGGUAUUGAGAAAAGAACUGCCAAGUCUUUCCUGACCUCAACAGACAAGGAGAAUAUGUUCACAUUGGACCAUUUCCCAGUGUGGUACCGCAGAGCAGCUGAGAACCCACCUGGAAAGUUUCUGUACUACAUGCCCCAACAGGAGACUAGAGCAGGGAGGAUAACAAUUGCUACCACUGCUGUCACUGUUACGGUGGGCAAGAAAACCGCCAUCGCUGGAGCCAUCGGUGUCCAGAUGACUCUGGAGUUGAUUGAGUCCAGAUUCUGGGCCAUCGCAGCACAGCCAAAUGACACAGAUUGCUCUAAUAUAGAGGGGACUUGUCCUCUACGGUGUGACAGCUUUGAUAUCGAGUGCUACGUGAUUGACAAUAAUGGCUUUGUCCUAAUUUCCAAACAGCGCAAUGAUGCGGGAAGAUUCUUUGGGGAGAUUGAUGGAUCAGUGAUGACCACACUAAUCAGAAUGGGCAUGUUCAAAAGGGUGUCCUUGUUUGACUACCAGGCCAUGUGUAAGAUGAGCUCCCACUCUGUCAGCAGCAGCCGUCCACUUCUCAGUCCAUUUUAUGGUUUGGCUUCAGCCUUCAAGUGGUUCCUCUCCAACUUCUUGCUGUUUCUCCUGGAGUUUAAUAUCUGUGGUUUCUGGCACACUGAGCAUUUUGCUGAGGCCAAGGCAUCUUUCAGCGUGUCAUCAGCUCAUAAGAAAAAAGGAGACAUCCUGCAGCCGUGUGACACCGAGUAUCCCAGCUUCGUCUACGAGCCGUCAGUCAAAGAGACCAACAGCAUUAUUAAGUGUGGACGCUGCCAGAAGAUGUUUGUGGUGCAACAGAUACCAGAGAGUAACCUGUUGAUGUUGGUGGUGCAGGCAGACUGUGACUGCUCCAGACAAUACCCACCCAUCACCAUGGAGCCUAAGGAAGUAAAAUAUAAUGACUCAGUGAAGUGUGACAGGAUGCGGUCCCAGAAGAUUCGCCGACGCCCCGAGUCCUGCCACGCCUACCAUCCCCAGGAGAACGCCAAUGACUGUGGAGGAGCUGCUGUUAUAUCUCUCUCUGCCUCUCUCUUCCUUACCUGUCUCUCCUUCUCAUCACUUGUCUCCUGAUGAUGGACGAUGUGGCUCUUUCACCCAUUCUCAUGUAAAGGAACAGUUUGAAAAGAAUCAAGAAAUGUGUUUGGACACAUGAAGAGCAUUUUUUUAAAGUACUCGGCACAUUUUGCUCAUCACAACCACAAACUUUGAUGUGGUUUUUGAGCAUGCAUUGGUUAACUCCUGGAAAUUAAAACAUCUGAAGUGAAAACUGCAAAGAAAGCCAGAUAAUGGGCUGUUGUUGCCAUGGAUACUUUUCCAAGAGUUACUUUCUCAUACACCGCCUUGCAUCUCAAAAUGAAAAGGGACUUAAGAGAUGCAGGUGGUAGCUAUGACGUGCACUGAUGAAAGAUUAUGAGUCACAAGAUGCAACAAAGUCCAGGGGGAGAAAUAUCUCUCAAAUGUCUCUCAUUUCCCUUAUCCCAAUAUUGCAGACACGUGUGCAUAUUAUAUAUGCAGCUGUAAGCAUGCACACCUUGAAUACUUUAUUAUACUGAAUGCUUCAUCUACAGACUUAUACAUGCUUUUUUAAAUGUUGAAUGAGAGAAGGGAGAGAAGGGCUACAGCAAUAUAUGGUAAACAUUGUUGUGUAACAUCAGUGUUGCUGCUUGAAGUUUUACAAGGUUAUUUGUGAUAUUAGUUUCUCUGAAUCUUCUGCAAGUCUGAAAGUGUGAUGGUUUAGUGCCAAGAAAGUAAUUGCAAUGGAGUAGUUAUAAAAAAAAUUCACAAAUGGGAAAAAGAUAAUUAAACAAAUCAGAAUGGGCUCGUUCAGGUUAAAAUUUUUGAGUAUUUAGUUCGAUUACAUCCAGAAGAUAUUUGUUUCUGUGACAUUUUUUUUUUUAAAUGUCAGCCUUUCUGUCUUUAUCAGCUGUGUCUUUGUGCGUACUGUAUGUAAUUAUGUUUGUCCAUUUGGCUAGACAUCAUUUUGGAAACUGGAACUCUCACAGGGUGUAGAUCUACAAUCAACAUUGAUAACACAGUGAUGACCUUAAAUUCAAAAUGUGUUUUUUUGUGCACUGACAUGGUUUCAACGCAAAUCUAGUCCAUAAUGUAUAUCCCGCUAAAGACUCUCGUAAAUGUUUCUGGAAUUAAAAUAAAAAGGUUUUUAGGAGGCAUUGAUUUCCUGGAGACUGUGGCAUUUGGAUACUUUACUUGGGCCCCAAUGUCAUGUACAUAACUUCGCAUAAAUACCAAUAUAAUUUUAAAAUUCAUGAUUAAAGCAACAUAAAAAAAAUGAUGGGAAACAAGAUUUUUGAAAAGGUCAUAUAUGUAAAUGAAUGGUGUAAAUCUAAUGGUAUAGGGUAUUUUUGUAUUUGCUUGUGUUUCACAUUUUGAACUUCAGCAUUUCAUUGUAUUUUGGGCUGUGAGUGUCCUUGUAGCUUUUUCUAUGGUAUUUCUCAAUCAUCUUACAAAGCAUGCUGUGCUUACUCUGAUGACAAAAUUGCCUGAGCAUUUGCCUGUUUAUGUAAUAGACUUAGAUACAUAUUGUGUGUGGGUGUGCAUCAUUACAGUAUGUUCUGUCUAGCUGAGAGUAAUUUUAUUCAUUUGUCUCAUUUUUGUUUAUAAUUUCCACAAUGCAAUAUUCUGUAUAUUGUAUGGUUGACAUGUGUCCACGGUGGAUGUUGAUUGACUGGAGCCAUGAUUUGUAGGAAAAUUAAAGUAUCCAUAUGUUUUUUGUAUUGUAUUUGUUGUUAAGUGUGUAUUCUGUUUUGUUGUCAGUGAUUAGUGUCAGUGCACAUAUAAAGAUACUAAUGUUUAUACCAGGCUACAACAGAGAAUCAGUCAAGGAAUUGUAUACUCAAAGAGUUAUUUCAUAAAUGUGUCCUAACUCUUUAAUAGAGUAGUGGAUUAAAUCCCCCCCAAAUGUCUGUCCACUACCAACAAACUAACCUACAUUUUUCCAUAACUGGAAUUUCAUCAACAAAUUGAACUUAUGCUCUCAUAGCUAACGUUAUGCUCUCAUUAAAGAAAAUGUGGUACACAAAGUGCCUGAAAUGCUUGUAAUUGUUUGAAAAUUUGACUUAUAAUAAUGUUGUAUAUCAGAAUAUCAAUAAAGAUAUGUUAUAUUUAC